CGGAACUCAGAGGCGGGGCGCCCAGGUGGAGGAGCCCAAACCCCAAGAACGCUGGGAGGGGCGCCCCAGACAAGGAGCACUCCGGGGCCGGAACGCCUGCGCCAGGGCGUACCCCUCUCAGAGGAGCACCGCAGACUGGGAGGAUUCCCCCCAUCCCUUAGCCCCCCACUGGGAGCAAACCUCGACCAGGAGCAUCUUCGAUUGGAGCAACCCAGACCUGGAACACUCUGCGGGACCCAGCAGCGCCCCACUUCCAACACUGCAGACACUGGGCAGUGGCAGCGUCCCACCUACAGCCUUCGCGGCGGCUGCCGGACGCUUUUUCUUUCUUCUGCUUUUUUUUUUUUUGUACCCCCCCCCCUUUUUUUUCCUCCAACCUUCUCUAGUUGCCUUAUAUCUUUAAUCACACUUGCGGCUCCUCUCUUUCCUUUCGUGUUUCACAGCGCUGGGGAGGCGGCGAUUGCAGUUUCUCACCUGCUGUUUGAACUCCUGCCUCUGUCGCCGAGGCCACCAAGGUGGAGGAGGGACGGCCGCCCCCGCGCCAGCCUCGGGGACUCCCCUCUGAAGUAGACCUUGAAAAUUAACAAAAACCAAAACCAAGAAAAAAUAGCAGUGCCCUUUAUAAGGCUGUGUCAACCUUCGCCAGAGGAAACAACACGUUUCAUUCUAUCCAAGAGAAACCACUGGAAACAGAAUCCUAAAUAUGCGUCAUAUAGAACUGCUCUUAACACUUUUGGCACUUAUGUUUACAAGCACCUCAGAAACAUGUAUUUCACGUCAUAGCAUCACUGCAGUGGAAGGGGAAUUUUUCUAUCUGAGAUACUGCUCAUCAGCAUCUGAGCACGAUAGUGAAAAAAACACCAUAAAAUGGUACAAGAGCAGUGGAUCACAUGGACGCAUUGAGCUAAACUCAAGCAGUUCCCCCAGAAUUACUUUGCACGAUUAUGUUUUGGAGUUUUGGCCAGUUGAGUUGGAGGACAGUGGAUCUUACUUUUUCCAAAUGGGAAAUGAUACUCGUAAAUGGAAAUUAAAUGUCAUUGGAAGAAGUAAAGGCAGCUGUUUUGUUGAAAAACUACUAACUAGUAAAACUGUAGAAGUUCAGAAAUCUUUGCACAUAGCCUGUAAACAUGACUACUUUCAACCAUUGGCCAAUAGAACUUCACUGUAUAAGAACUGUAAAAAGAUAAACAAUGGUGCAAACCCAGUUUUACAGAAGAAUGCAGAGUUUGAAGAUCAGGGAUAUUACACCUGUGUGUUUUCCAUCCCUCAUAAUGGAAAACUAUUUAAUGUCACCAAAACCAUCAACGUAACAAUCGUUGGAGAUCGCAGUAAAAUAAUUCCUGUUCUUCUUGGACCAAAGCUUAACCGUGUGAAGGUGGAAUUAGGAAAAGAUGUAAACCUCAAUUGCUCUGCUUUGGCGAAUGAAAAGGAUCAGAUUUAUUGGAACUUGUGGGAUGAAAAUGGAAAGGAACCCAAUGUACAUGAAGAGAACAUAAAAAAAAAUAGGGCUCUGGACGGCAAAUUGUAUGUGUCAAGAAUGUUGAAAAUUGAGAAUAUUAAUGCAAAAAAUCUAAAAUUUUCAUAUAAUUGCACUGUGGCCAGCGAGGGAGGCACAGACACCAUAAACUUCGUCUUGUUGAAAAAAGAAGAUAUGGCUGAUAUCCCAGGCUACAUCUUCACCAGAGGAAUGAUUGUGGCUGUUCUGAUCUCAGUGGUAGUUGUGUGCCUAGUGAUAAUGGGUGUCAUUUAUAGAGUUGACUUGGCUCUAUUUUAUAGGCAUUUCAUGAGAAAAGAUGAAACAUUAACAGAUGGGAAAACAUACGAUGCUUUUGUGUCUUACCUAAAAGAAUGUGGACCCGAAAAUGGAGAGGAGCACACCUUUGCUGUGGAGAUUUUGCCCAGGGUGUUGGAGAAACACUUUGGGUAUAAGUUAUGCAUAUAUGAAAGGGAUGUAGUGCCUGGAGGAGCUAUUGUUGAUGAAAUCCACUCAUUGAUAGAGAAAAGCCGAAGACUGAUCAUUGUCCUAAGUAAAAGCUACAUGUCUAAUGAAGUCAGGUAUGAACUUGAAAGUGGACUCCAUGAAGCUCUGGUAGAAAGGAAAAUUAAAAUCAUCUUAAUUGAAUUUACACCUGUCAGUGACUUCACAUUCUUCCCCCAAUCACUAAAGCUUUUGAAAUCUCACAGAGUUCUGAAGUGGAACGCUGAUAAACCUCUGUCGUAUAACUCAAGGUUCUGGAAGAAUCUUCUGUACCUGAUGCCUGCAAAAGUGGUCAAGCCUCGUGGAACUGAAUCUGAAGUCUUCCCUGUUCUUUCACAGUCCUGAUCUUUAGAAAAGCCAAAUGUAAGAAAGAGCUCUUGACGCUCUGGGCUCGGAGCGGAGGAGCCUAUUUUUAACAAAGGGCACUAUUAAAAAUAUUUGGCUCUCUGAAAAUCUUACUUACAGUCUGAAGAUGAAAGUCAUCACUAGGUUGCCAGAGAUAGGACUAAACAUUGAGCUGUGGUCAUGUGCUCCCAGUGGAACCCAGAAUUCAAAAGCAACAGACCUCUUCUGUUUCUUCCUCCUCCGUAACUGUCUACAGGUGCUCAUUCUCAAUCCAUAUUCAGCAACGGUGAGGCUGGGCACAAAGCAAAGAAACUUAAGCCCUAAAAAAGGGUACAUCUUCACGUUUUUAAUGCUCAUGAUUGAACUAAAGGAUUUUAAGUUCA